CCGGGCCGCGGGCCGCCCCUGCCGGCCGCGCUCCCCAUGGCGGCGGUGGCGGGGGCCGGCGGCGGCGGCGCCUCGGCGGCGCUGGGCGACGGCGGCGCCAUCGACUACUCGGUGCACGAGGCGUGGAACGAGGCCACCAACGUGUACCUGCUGGUGGUGCUGGCCAGCCUCGCCCUGCUCGUCUACGCGCGGCGGAACAAGAGGAAGAUCCUGCGCAUCUUCACCCUGCCCCCCGCCGCCGAGACGCCGCCCGAGCCCAACUUCUACGACAGCAUGAAGAAGAUCCGCCUGCGGCAGCAGCUGGAGAUGUACUCCAUCGGUGUCAUGAUGAGGAGCUUCUCAGAAACAGAAGUGGAUGAUGAGUGGAGAUGAAGAAAUCAUACAUUUAAGAAGUUGGCUCAAGUUUCCGUUACAGGCAUGGAAAGUUUCUGAGACCAAGCCAUGCGAGAAGAACAUGAGUAAAGAAGAGGGAGAUGUAGACCCAGACUUUCUAGAAGGGAUUGCAGGAUUUGAGAGGACGCUGCACAAACGUCACGUAGUUUUCUUGCUUAUUCAUUUACCUGCACCCCUGAACUGUAAUACUUUGUUUGCAUGUCUGUUUGGAAGUUGAAAAAUCCCCUCACAUCUGUGUCUUUAAUAUAAUCGUGGCUUCAAGCUUGUUUUAGGAAGAGCAGAACAUCGCUGUAGUUUUUAUUUGUGGAUGAGAUAGCUGCUGCUUUGUACUUUAAAUCAAUUUGGGGGGUUUUUUUGUUGAAACAAACACUGAAUAUGGAAAAGCUCAGACCAUUACAAAAUAGGAAGUUAGGCUUUGCUUACGUUUAAUAAACAGCCUUUGCAUAGAAAGUAUGACGACAGGUGCAUAGGUAAAAGAAAAAAAAGUAGUGCUAGCCCUGUAAUUUGAGUAACCUUACAAUGUAUUGUUCUUAUGGUGUCCUUAGACAGAUGCCAGAAUCAAAUAUCAAUCAAUUUUAUCUUUUCUAUCUGACUGUUGGUCAGAAAAAUGUUCUAGGUAAGAUUUCUUGCCAGAGUUGUGGGGUUAUAAGUGCAGAUUACUUAGCAUUGAAUUAGGAGAGAGCUUUUUGGAGAGAUAGUUUUUUGAACAUCUUGGCUGUGCCGUGAAGUAUCUCAAAGGAAAUACUGGCCAUGCAGUCCAACAACUUAAUGAUGCUGUGAACAGAUUUGAUUGUAGUAAGUCUCUGAUACAAAGUUAUUAAGACUUUGAUGUAUAUGUAUUUAAAAUUUUAAGAGUAUAUAUGUUUUUCUGUUUGAAAGUAUUGCUGGUAGUGGCAGGCAAAGAACAUCUUUAUUUUUCUUAUGAACUCCUAUCUGGUGUCUUAUCCUUAAUAAAAGGCUAUGGUUAUUUUUGUAUACUGACUGAAUAUUUGGCCUUUAAGAGUAUGUAAUUAGAUAGAAGAGUAAAAGCAGUUGUUAAAGGACUAUUUUUUUAAUGAAAAUAGUUUGAAAUCAUAUAAUUUUAGUUUCUUCCGAAUAGAUGUGAUUAGUGUGUUGGAAAUAGUUUUACAGUGGAUAUAAAGGGAACAGUUCAGAGACAGUGGCUGAGAAUGUGUCCAGCUAUUUUUGUAGUUACAUUUUUCCAGUUUUAUUUUUUUGGUCUCUUCACUUAGAUAUUUCCAUAUAAUUGAGGCGCUACAUCACAAUGGGAUACAAAAACUAUUUGCACUUUAUAAUAUUUAACUUUUAAAAUAGGUUUUAUUGUAUUAUUUGAUAAGUAAAUUGCAAUGACUGUGAGAAAAUCCUAGCCUAUUUUAUUACUUUGAUAGAAAUUUGAAUAUGGGAUAGUAUUGUCUGUAUCAUAUAAGAAUGUUUUCUUGGAUUUUUAGCUGCUGAAACUGAAAUCAAUAAACUUUAGCUACUGUUGUUGAAUGGAACAA